UGCUUUAUAAACUUUUUUUAUAAUUCAGGACCGCCAUUUAAUAUUCCAAUUAUUGGGCAUUCACAUCUUAUAAGAAAACUUUCAAAGAAAUAUGGUGGCCAACAUAAAGCAUUUGAAAGUCUCGUAGAAAAGUAUGGAAGUUCGAUUUUGGGUGUAAAGCUCGGGAGAGAAUUGGUUGUUGUAGCUUAUACUUGUGACAUUGUAAAAGAGAUUCUUACAAGACAAGAGUUUGAUGGUCGACCAGACAAUUUCUUUAUUAGACUGCGAACAAUGGGAACAAGAUUGGGCAUUACUUGUACUGAUGGGAAAUUGUGGAAUGAACAAAGAAGUUUUGUGAUGAGACAGUUAAGAAAUGUUGGCUACGGAAAAUCUAGAAUGGAGGAUCAAAUUCAAAGCGAAUUAAAGGAACUCACUCAUUCUAUUGAGGAAUUUGAAGGUAAACCCAUUUGGCCAUUGAAAGAUCUUCUUCCGCCAAGUGUUAUCAAUAUUUUGUGGAUUUUCACAACUGGAAAGCGAAUUCCACGUAAUGAUGAAAGACUCGCAAAGUUUUUAAACAUUCUUGCUAGACGAUCAAAAGCAUUUGAUUUGUCUGGUGGAAUUUUAACUUCAAUGCCAUAUCUUAGACACGUCGCUCCUGAAAGAACUGGAUACAACUUAAUCAGGAAGUUAAAUGAAGAAUUUUAUAAAUUUUUCAUGGAAAUAAUCGAAGAUCAUCUGGCGACAUAUAGCGAAGAAAAGUCCAACGAUGAUUUAAUCUACGCUUACAUUAAAGAGAUGAAACUUCAAGAAAAUAAAUCUGACUCGUCAUUUAAUCUCCUUCAACUAGUCAUGAUAAUUCUUGAUAUUUUUAUUGGAGGCUCACAAACAACAAGCAUAACAAUAGAUUUAGCAUUCAUGAUAACUUUAAUGCGACCAGAUUUAUAUCAGAAAUGUGUUAAGGAAAUCAACGAAGUUUUAGGAAGAAAUGAAACACCAAGCUAUGCGAAAAGAUCCCAAAUGCCGUUUAUUGAAGCAAUGCUGUUUGAAGUUCAAAGAUUCUUUCACGUAGCCCCAUUAUCAGGGCCUCGUCGAGUUCUAAGAACUUGUGAACUUCGCGGAUACAGAAUACCUAAAGACACCACUGUGCUAAUAAGUCUAAAGUCUGUUCAUAUGGAUCCAGAAUUUUGGAAAGAUCCAGAAGUGUUUAGGCCCGAGAGAUUCCUUGAUGAGAACAUGAAAAUUCAUAAUGUAGAAAGAUUGAUUCCGUUCGCAAUUGGAAGAAGAAAGUGUCUUGGUGAUGAACUUGCAAAAGCUUGCAUAUUUACAUUUUACGUUGGAAUUUUACAGAAAUUUAAUCUGAAAGCUGUAGAAAAUGAAUAUCCUUCAAUGGAUUUACUUCCAGGAAUGAUUCUUAGUCCUAAACCGUAUAAAUUGAUUUUUGAAAAUAAAUCUCAAGAAAAAGCUUAAAGAAAUAAAAAGAAAAUUGUGAAUUAAUGGAAU